CUUUAGCUCCACUCACUUGACUUUGUUCGGGUGGGACGUGGGAGAAGCAGCAGCAGAGCAACCCGCUGCCACAGCGGAAGCCAGCCAUAGACCAGCCCAGCACCACAGGCUCGCAUCGCAUCACAUCACAGAUGGGAUAAGAAGGACGCGGGCCCGUUCGCUAUCGUAGCUUUCGAUUACUGCUCUACCUGCCAACGGCACUUCUUACAGCUCACCCAGUUUGUCUUCAGUUUCUGCUUUAUCCGCAGACUGAAGCUCUUUGCCAUUACACGAACGAACGAAACGGACGAACGACUCGAAUCUCUUGAUUGCCAUCAGCGAUUCUUCAUCGACUAUUAUUACUCACUCGCUGUUCAUCUGCACUUCCAGUCGUUGUGAUCAUCCGCGAUCGCCCAGCUAUCUUCAACGCUUCACCGCCACGCCAAAAUCUCCAACCAUCCGAACCUCGCUUCCCCACCACACCACAACACAACACAACACAACACAACAUUCGCAAUGGCCGCUUUCCAGAUGCACAAUUUCUACAGACCCUCAUCACUGACGGUCGAUACGCGCACACAGAAUUACUUCGAGGACGAGGAGGGAAGCAUCUUGGACGAGAACAUCCUCGACCAGAACGCAUUAGACUCAGGUCUCGAGAUGUCCCCACCCAUGAACGGCAGCCGGCGGGAUUCGUUCGCUGUCUCCUCAGCAUUGUUCUCGCCGAAGACCGAUGAAUGGCAGCAUGUCGACAUGCAGCAGCAGCAGCAGCAGCAGCCGAUGGGUUCGAACAAUCCUUUUGUUGAGCAGAACAACAACCCUUUCAUGCGCGGCGUUGAAUCGCAAUCGUCGUAUGGUCAGCAAAGUCACGGAUGGUCGAUGGGCAAUGGAUCGGGCAUGAGCACUCCCAUGCAAGGGCACGAUGGACUCCCUUCGGAGUUUGAAGUUCCAGUAUUUCAAAGACCCAUGCAAACUCCCUUCACCAACCCCGGAAAUCAGCAACUGCCAGUCUUCUCGUCAGGAAACACCAGCAAUGGAUCAAUCCCAACUUCACCGCAAAAAGAAUGGUCCGUAUCAGAAGCUAUGGAGCACCGCUCUAUGCCCAAGAGGAUGAGACCUCACAGUCCUACUCUUCGAUCGCAUCCUGAUAUGUCAAGGAGGGGUGAUGGCAUCCGAAAGAAGAACGCCCGAUUUGAUAUCCCGGCCGAGCGAAACCUCAACAACAUCGACCAGCUUAUUGCGCAAUCAAAUGACGAGCAAGAAAUCAAGGAGCUGAAGCAACAAAAGCGGUUACUGAGGAACCGUCAAGCAGCUCUUGACUCUCGGCAACGCAAGAAGCAACAUACCGAAAGGCUUGAAGAUGAGAAGAAGCAUUUUACUGCUGUCAUCAACGACCUUGAGGAAGAUUUGGCGGAAGCUAAGCUAGCUUUGGAUGACUGGGCCCGCAAGGAGCAACAAUACCAGCAGUACAUCGAGAGCAUGCAACUUGAGAAAGAAGAGAUCGUGCGAAAUCACACUAUUGAGACCGGUGACCUUCGCAAGAAAGUCAGUGUUCUUACCGAACACAUCCAGCGAUUAGAGAGUGCUCCUAUGGCACCUAUGCCAACCGCCAACGGGUUCUCCAAUGACUAUGCCGACAUCGAUAGUCUCACUAUGGAUGGAGCUUGGGAUAAUAUCUCCUUCCUCAACGACUUCGCUCCUGAGCCAGAAGUCAAGGUUGAGAGCUCCUUGGUCCCUGUCAAGAAGUCCGAGAACUCUCUUCUCAGCGAGCCAGAGAAGCCUGCCGCCCAAGGUCUCUUGCUAAUGCUGCUUCUUGUCGGUGCUUUCGUCGCCUCCAAAGGUUCCUCACCGACUAUCCCAAAGAUGUCGGACGACGUUCAAGCUGCUUCUGCUACUCUUCUCGAAGAUAUUUUCAAGGAUGCAGGUGUGUCCAACGCUGCUUCCUCCAUCUCCGAGGUCAUGGCUCCUCUCCCAUCUGGCAACUCCUGGUCUUCAUCUAUCCCAACCAUGGGCAACAAUGACAUGGUCGGCGUCACCCAGUCUACACUCGGAGACCUCGUUGAUAGUCUCGCUCAGCCCACUGAACAGCAAAACAACGAACAACUCUUUGGCCUCUCGGCAGCUCAAUACGAGGGUCUCACCAACCAUGACUUCCUUCAAAAUGCCCCCCAACACUCCACAUCUCAAGGCCGUCGCAACCUCGGUGAGACACUCGCAGCAAUGCGUUUGAACAGCAAGAAAUCCGCUGCUGAGGUCUACACGAGGUCACUUCUCUGGGAUCAAGUACCUAGUGAAGUUGUUCGUAACUUUGCGAAGAUGGUCUCGGAUUGCAACUCACAGAGGAGUCCGGAAGAGUGUGCCACUGCAGUUGGCUGAAUCACUCUUAUGACUUCAUGAUACACAUACAUAACAUAUCGGGAGCACAUCCCACGGCACGAUCAACGGUCACGACUCACGGCAUAUCACGCAAAAACAGCAGCACAGACACUGUUUGCUCACGCAUCAUUUUAUUUGACUUUUCCAAUUUCAUUUGUCCAGCGAGCCCAGCGAAGCGUUUAGCGUUGAUUAUUUUUUGGCUUUCAUCAUUUCUUUUUCAUGUUUGCUCUCAUAUUUGCAUCAUCAUGGCACAGCGACGGGAAGGAUAGGAUUCUGGAAUUAUGGAUAUGGAUGGGAUCGGAGGAAUAGGGAAACCGGAUCGGGAUCGGAAUUUGGAUAGGCAUAUCCUCAAACGAAAGCUCAUUUGCUUGAUUGCUCACGCGAUCGCAAAUCAGCAGAAAUGGAUCGAGCCCACUUUACACACAUACACAUCAGCGGCUCGCAGCAAACCCAAUGGACCGAACGACGGAAUGAUUGGACUUAUGUAAAUUGGAUAUCUUGUUGUUUUCCUUUUCAUACUUCACUUCAAACUAGUUUAGGCAUUUUGGGUAUUCUUGUUCGAACGGAAAGAGGAGGAUACUUUUAGUUUAGGAACUUAGUCUUUAGGUUUUCUUUUUACCCUUCUCCAUUCCCUUGAGUCUGGAUAUCGGAGCUGGCGGACGAGAGAGAGCAAUGGCAUCAUUUUUUGGAACCUUCCGCGGAACCGAUGAUCGAUGGAAUGAAGGCCUGCCUGACCAAACACCUUACCCUCACCGUCCUGUCUCCUCCAUACACAAACACUCAACUCCGUUUACUCUUCUACGCGCACAAUAUUACGAACAUCACGACUUUCAUGAAUCAAACUAUAAGAUACCUCUCAGCGCACACACGCUCAACAGUUUUCCUUGCAUCCAUUCCGUACCAGUACUACUACAAAUAUCAAAACACGAUUCUCACGAACCAAAACCGAGCCCACACACCGCCGCGCUGCAACCGGUAUAUUUCCUUCAUCCUCUUAUUGCUCACUACCAAAUCGAGCGAAGCGAAUGGCAAUUACGACUGGAGGGGUGUUUACGUUGUAAUGAUCACGAACGAACGAAUGAUUGCAUAAUGUUUCUUCUGUCCAUUCCAUCCGGCGAGGAUCGCCGUUGAUGACGAAGGAUUCUCGCUUUUCUCUCACAGGCAGGUGGUGGCAGCUGUGUAUUUACGCUGGAAUUGAAACGGUGAUUUGACUGGAAAUUGUAUUUAGUGGACUCUUACUGGUGGAAUGGUAUUGGUGAUUGGGUCGAGAUCGAAGUAGAUACCGCACAGCACAGCACAGCGUUGCUCAGCAAGGGCAAGAAAAUACUACUCUUAUUUUCUGUCGUCAUAUAGAUGACGGAAACCUCAC